UGCACAUUCGUGGUCAAGCGCCGUGAGGGCGUGGUUUGAUAUGUGCGUUUCGUCAAACCACGCCCACACUUUCGCCUCUGCGGCCAAUCAGGUGGACGGGGAGGAAUAUCAAUCUGAACUUGGAAUCCAGCAGCAUCUGUUUCAAUGUGACAGUGUGUUUCCGUGCGCCGAUCACCGCCACAGCCUCACAGAUGCAGCAGAACGACGAUAUGGAGGUACCUUUACUUAAUGAUACUAACAGUAACAGACAGAAGUCUCUGUGUCCUGACUGGGAUGGGUUCAGCCAUCAGCAGAAGGAUUCGGAGGGGUCCAUGGAGUCCCCGAACCUGGAGUUUGAAUAUGGGGACACUGACAGCUUCACCGCGGAGCUCUCAGAGCUGUACAGCUACACAGAAGAGCCAGAGUUCAGUCUAAACAGAGACUACUUUGAGGAAGACUUCAAGAAUCACGUAAAGGGUCGGAGGUGGAUGGAGUUGAGUCUGGAAGAGCAGAAGGCUCAUGUGAUGAGACUGUUGGAUGCUCUGGAGGUUACUGACCGAGACAAAAGGCUCAAAGUGUCUCGAGCCAUCCUCUAUCUGGCUCAAGGUGUGUUUGACGAAUGCGACACAGUGACAGAUGUCCUCUACUGGUCUCGACACAAUGUUUUCCUUCUUUAUGAGAUGGGCAUCUUCACUGCUCUCCUGGAGCUCCUCAGCAUGGAGAUCGAUAAUAACCAGGCAUGCAGCAGUGCUUUAAGAAAACCAGCCAUAUCCCUGGCAGACAGCACUGAGCUCAGGGUUCUUCUAAGCAUCAUGUAUCUGAUGGUCGAGACCAUUCGUGUGGAGUCAGACGGUGACAUCCCUGAGAGAAAGGCAGCGAGAGAGGCCUUCAAAACAGAGUUGGGUUCACCCCUUUAUAAUGGAGAACCAUUUGCCCUUCUCCUCUUCACCAUGGUAACCAAGUUCUGCAGUAUGAAUGCACCCCAUUUCCCUAUGAAGAAAGUGCUGCUCUUACUGUGGAAAACUGCUUUGUUCACACUGGGAGGUUUUGAGGAGCUUCUGGAGAUGAAGGUGAGAACGAGAGAGCGACUGAAUCUGCCGCCUCUCCCUGAGGACAGCAUUAAGGUGGUGCGAAACAUGCGGGCCGCCUCUCCUCCCGCCUCGGCCAUUGAGCUCAUCGAGCAGCAGCAGCAGCAGAAGAGAGGACGCAGAAGUCGCAGGAGUGCCUUUGUUGAUAGCUUGGAAGGAGACAGUCCCUAUGCCAAGAAACAGCCCCUGGUCAAGCAGGACAGUCUGGACACCUACAACGAACGGGACCCCUUCAAAAACGAUGACGCCCGGGACGACGAGGACGACCCUGAGGAUUUGGACAGCGUCAUCGAGGGAGAAGUCGACCCACUCGACAGAGAUGUCAUUAUCCAGCCGCCACCGCCUCCACCACCACUGAGACCCCCAACGGAGAGAGGGUCCUUCCCCAAAGGACUGCCCUGGGCCCCUAAAGUCAGAGAGAAAGACAUCGAACACUUCCUGGAAACCAGCAGAAAUAAAUUUAUCGGCUUCACUUUGGGAAAUGACACAGAGACUCUGGUUGGUUUGCCCCGGCCGAUUCACGAGAGUGUGAAGACUCUUAAACAGCACAAGUAUGUCUCCAUAGCAGAGGUUCAGAUCAAUAGAGAGGAGGAGCUACAGCAGUGCCCCAUGACUUUGGGGGAGGAGGAAGUGGAAGAAGCACCUGCAGAGGUCCUAUAUUUGGGAAUGCUGCCCAGUCUGUCACAGUAUGUAAUCGCUCUAUUGAAACUCCUACUGGCUGCAGCUCCAACAUCCAAAGCGAAGACAGAUUCCAUCAACAUCCUAGCUGACGUUCUGCCAGAGGAGAUGCCAAUCACAGUCCUCCAGAGCAUGAAGCUGGGCAUUGAUGUGAACAGACACAAGGAGAUUAUCGUUAAAGCCAUUUCAGCUCUUCUGCUACUCCUGCUAAAACAUUUCAAACUCAACCACAUAUACCAGUUUGAAUACGUGGCACAACAUUUGGUCUUUGCCAACUGCAUCCCCCUCAUCCUCAAAUUCUUCAACCAGAACAUCAUGUCCUACAUCAGUGCCAAAAACAGUAUAUGUGCCCUGGAUUUCCCGCAUUGUGUUGUCCAUGAAAUGCCUGAGCUCACAGCUGAAAGCCUGGAAGCUGGAGACAGUAAUCAGUUCUGCUGGCGUAAUCUCUUCUCCUGCAUCAACCUGCUUAGGAUCCUCAACAAAAUCACCAAAUGGAAACACUCCAGAACUAUGAUGCUUGUGGUGUUUAAGUCUGCUCCCAUUCUGAAGCGAGCGCUCAAGGUGAAGCAAGCCAUGAUGCAGCUGUACGUCCUCAAACUCCUCAAGAUCCAGACCAAGUAUCUGGGGCGACAGUGGAGAAAGAGCAACAUGAAGACCAUGUCUGCCAUUUAUCAAAAAGUCAGACAUCGACUAAACGACGACUGGGCGUAUGGGAAUGACAUUGACGCUCGACCGUGGGACUUCCAGGCCGAGGAAUGCGCGCUCCGUGAAAGCAUUGAGAAGUUCAACACGCGACGUUACGAUAAGAAUCAGAACAGCGAGUUUACACCCGUAGACAAUUGUCUCCAAAGCGUCUUAGGACAGCGCGUCGACCUGCCCGAAGACUUUCAUUACAGCUAUGAGCUGUGGCUAGAAAGAGAGGUCUUCUCACAACCCAUCCAAUGGGAAGGUCUGCUACAGGCCCAGUGAUGGAGAUCACAGUGUUAUGGAGGUUUCUUGUGUGGGAAAGAUGUUUUUAUUCUAUAUUAAACCAACACUGUAACUGUGGACUCACAAUCAACACACCAAUACUCAAAAGCAUGAAUGGCCUGCUGUUCCUGCUUUGUAAAUAGACUUGUAUAUGUAAAUACAGCAUACAGGAUGGCGGUCUUCAUUUGAUAAUUCUUUGUUUAAGGAGCAUGGCUCAUCCGGUGCUUUGGGCAAACUUAUAUAAAUAUUCUGUGUAUGAAAUGAGAUAUAUCUUCAAUAACUGAAGCACACUUUGUAUCAGAACUGCACAACAUGUGUCUAAACUUUACGUAUUGUUGAUAUUGUGUUAAAUAAGAUAGUGUCAAUGUUCUUGGGAAUUCAUUGCUUCACUUUCUUUUGUCUCCGUGUAUGACAUCACACAAAGAGUGUGUGCCGCACACAUUCAAAGUGUCCUUGGUGACUGUAAUGUCACCCACACCUAAAACACGGUAUUCAAUGAAUGGUGCUGAUUUUUACCACUUUAUUUCUCUACUUUUUUGUCUAAUUCUCUGCAAAGAUGAGGUUUUAUAAAAAUGAAGAACUUCAAGUUUGUUCGUUGUCAAAAGAAUUUGGUUAAUUUUUCCUUUAUAAAACACAGGGAUAUUUAUACACCUUGUUUUUCAUUCAUGGGUUUGUUUUAACACAUCACGCAACAGGAUUUCUUUAUUUGUAUAUUGUCAUUGUUUUUUACUAAAUGUAGGUGCUUUUGAAUUAAACUACCUAUCCAUGCCAAAUACAACAACACUCCUACAUUUUAUAUGUAAAAUGAUUUCUUGUACCUGUACAGAGUCCAUUGUAUGUGAAUGAGACUUGAUGUAACAGUCUUUAAUAAAUUAAAUAGAAUUUAAGCAAUCUUAA